AUGUGGAAGCAUUCGAGGUGCUUGAUCGUGGCUUCAACGUCAAGAUACGGCAGCAUGCUGCUCACCAGGGCAGCAGCUCGCCCGCCCUUCACCUCACCACUGGCCAUCCGGUCAUUCACCACAUCCCGCUUCGCCCUGGAUGACUCUGCACCAGUCCGCCGAAGCCCCCUCAUAGGCAAUUUCGUCCCCCCGAAGCGCUCGACCCUCAAGCCCGACCAGACACCGCCCAUCUCAACAGAGCGCCCCCAGGCCAGCCAACCUCCCAGGCCGAGCCGCGCUCCCGCCUCCAGCGCCGAGGACCUCUCCGCCGGCUCUGCCCCCGCGCACGCCUACGACGCCAGCGCCCCCCUGGACCUCACGCAGCUCCUCAACAACGCCUACAACAACUACGCCCUCCAGACGGGCAUGGCGACCACCCGCGGCGGCCCCGCGGAGAACGUGUACGCCAGGCCCGUCACGGGCAAGACCGUCUUCCUCGAGGGCCGGUACGGCGGCGCGCAGAAGGCGGGCAACCCGGCCGCGGCCUUCCGCGUGCUGGACAGGCUGGUCAAGGAGCAGAAGGUGAAGCGGCUCUUCAACCAGCAGAGGUUCCACGAGCGCAAGGGCAUGAAGCGGAAGAGGCUCAGGAUGGAGAGGUGGAGGUUCAGGUUCAAGGACGGGUUCAAGGCCGCCGCCAGCCGGGUUCUGGAGCUCAAGAAGCAGGGGUGGUAA